CGUUCUCGCCUUACAAACGUUCAGCACACACAUAAGCACAGAGGUGCUCAUCCUAUCGAUAACCUGUUAACUCUCGCCUAUCGCUCUUUUGAUAUGCGGCACAGCUGAGCGUUUUCACUACGUGGACCACCUUAAGAGCGUGACGCCAGGUUGCCAUGGCAACUGCUUUCCGCUUUCGGGCGCGGAGGGAGAAAAAGCGCGAGAUAUUUAAGAGUUUCGGUUCAGGGGCGGCGCAGGCUGGACAGCGACCACGCAGCAGCAGCAUCUUUCUUUAUCUCUUCUCUGCGGAAAUACGUCUGAACCGAGGCCGACGAAACAAGACAUCACUGAUCCUCAUAAAAACUGCUAGAUCUUACGCCCCGGAAUUCAACUCCCACGCCUGAGAGUUUAAGGUUCCCUUAUCCAUACUGUUAACUCAGUCCUGCAGAAUACUGUAUGAUGGAACUGAAGGAUGAUCGGCGGUUCCAUAAUCUAACACAACAUCAAGUGGAGACUCUAGAUCAGGUUCUUACAGAGGUCAUUCCUAUUCAUGGCAGGGGUAACUUUCCCACCUUAAAGAUUAAACCCAAGGACAUCAUUCACAUUGUCAGAGACAGACUGGUUUCUAAGAAUAUCAAAGUGAGAGAUGUCCGUCUCAAUGGCUCCACAGCAAGUCAUGUCCUUGUCAAGGAGAAUGGCACUAGUUAUAAGGACUUAGACAUUAUCUUUGGUGUGGAGCUUUCUAAACAAGAAGACUUUCAGAUCAUAAAAGAAGUUGUUCUGGGGUGCCUCCUGGACUUUUUACCACAAGGAGUUAACAAGGACAAAAUCACAGCUCUCACUAUGAAGGAGGCUUAUGUACAGAAAAUGGUCAAAGUAUUUACAGAGUAUGACCGAUGGAGCCUUAUCUCUCUCUCCAAUAACAGCGGUAAAAAUGUGGAACUUAAGUUUGUCAGCUCUCUGCGACGGCAGUUUGAAUUUAGUGUAGAUUCCUUUCAGAUAAUCUUGGACACUAUGUUGGAGUCCUACCUUGAGGCUGAAAGAAGGGAGGCUGCACAACUCAAGGAGAAAGAACUGAAGGCUUCCAUGAUUCCGAGCACUGACUUGGGGUCAGUUAGAAUACAUGAGCAAAUCACCUCUGCUGGUACAGAGAGCUGCAAUGAAACAAAUGUUAACAUGUCAGAUAAAACUAAAGAGAUGAACAAUUUGAAUGAUGUGUGCCACAAUGGAGGAGGUAUGAUGGAAGACCAAUACAAAUCGUCCAUUGAUAAAACAACUCAAGGGUUGAGUGAAACCAUAACAAUGACUGAAGCUAAGGAAGAAAUAUCAGAACUGUCUAAAACAAUGUCAGAGCAUAAGAACAAAAUAGAUGAAAUGCUAGAGAUACAUUCAAGCAGAAACAUUAACUCACAGCUAGAACAUGAACAGGUGGUCGCUAAUAAAAAUACAAACAUACAGCAUGACACACAGCUGUCAGGUUCUCAAGCAUGUGUCCAUUUGGAGGGGAAUAAAGAGAGUAAAACCAUAUUAGCUGCAUAUUCAGACUCUCUUACAUCUAAAAAGGAGCAUACAAAUACAAUAGGCAUGCCAGUGGAAGAUUCAGAAAAAAACACUGAAGCCAUGGUUCUCAGUGGACACUCUACAUUCCCGCUUGCUCCUAUCACCCUUCUUACACAAAGCACGUCAGUGGACUCAAAUAAUGAGUAUUCAUUACCACCUCCUGCCAAAAAAAAUAGCCGAAGUUCACAAAUGGUUGUUCUUAAGCAUUCCUCACCAAAACCCCCCAGAAAAAUGUCUAGAAAGGUCACAUGUGUGCCACACUUAUCAAGCAAAUUAGACUUAAAAGACCCAAAAGCUAAUUCAUCUCAGCUUGUCAGCCAUCAACUCACUGUAAGUAAACCAAAAGUGUCAACACAAAUGCAAGUAGAAGAGCAUACCACAAACUGCUUGGAAUCAAUAUCCAGUUGUUCAAAUGGCAAAGACUCAGUGCUUAGAAUAUUAGAUAUUUCCACAACAACCUUUAGUGUUUCAGCACCAGAGAAUGGUACACACUCAGAGAUGCUCUCCAUACCUCUAUACCCAGACAAAAAUGUACAAACUCAUAUAGAGACUUCAGAACCAGAGACUGGUGAAACUACUAGCCAUGUCCUGAGCCCUAAACCCUUUUCUGCUCAAAAGGACCAAACCAUGACCAUACAACCAUUUCCUGAGAUCCUGACAAAAAGCUCUCCAACAGUGAGGCCAAUUAUUCAGAUCAAUUGUCAGCCUAUAUUAGAAGUAGAUGAUAACUCGUCUCUCUGUCCAAACCCUUCAAACAAAGAGCAUACAAAGCUUGCUCCCCAAACUGCGGAGUGUGUUCAAGAAUAUUCAGAGUUGCAAGAAACUGUUACUGAUACAGUAGAAGCUUCCUCCAAGUUAGGGACACCUUUGUCUACAAAUCUUGCUAUUGAUUCAGGGAAGGUAGAAAGCUUUGGAGUUCCUAUUAUUUCAUCACCAGUUCCUGACUCCUAUGAACACCCCAUAUCAUGUCUACUGCCUCCAGAACCUGGCACACAGACUCUAGAGUCUUCAAAUUCGACAUCACACCUUCUAGAACCACCUAUACUGAUACCCAAACAAGCUCAAGAUUCCUCUGUAUUAGAAACAUUUUUUUACAACUCACCAGAGAUGUCAACAUGUCUUCUAGAACCUCCAAUAUCAAUGUCUAAAAAUGAAGUGUAUUCUGUCUGCCCAUCAAAUGUCUUGCAAUCUUCCACUUGUUCUUCAGAGCGAUCAAAGGCUUCAACAAUUCAAACUCCAGAACAACCAGAAGUAUUAUCAGAGAUUGUGGAACAUUCUGUAGAAUCACAACAGCAUGUACAUCUUUCCAUAUCACAGGAUGGGGUUCUAGAAUCUUAUAGUCAACUAGAUUUAGUGACACCUGUAGAGACUUCAGAGGAUCUAAAUCUACCUGACACUAAAUCUCUCCUGCCAUCUCCCAGAGAGAUUCCUUCUGUCACAGUAGUGGCAGAAAGCAUGUAUGGAGACUUUGAGCAAGCCAUGGACCAUCUGCGUUACAGGCUAAUUGCAACACGCAAUCCAGAGGAGAUCCGGGGUGGUGGCUUGCUUAAGUAUAGUAACCUACUGGUUAGAGAUUUCAAACCUGCCAGUGAGACAGAAAUUAAAACUCUAGAGCGUUAUAUGUGUUCACGCUUUUUUAUUGACUUUCCAGAUGUGAAUGAGCAACAAAGGAAGAUUGAGUCCUAUCUACGAAAUCACUUUAUUGGAGAAGAGAAAAGCAAGUACGAUUACUUAAUGACACUACGACGAGUGGUCAAUGAAAGCACUGUGUGCCUGAUGGGGCACGAACGACGACAAACACUCAAUAUGAUUACCAUCCUGGCUCUCAAAGUCCUGGGAGAGCAGAACAUUAUACCCAACACCAACAAUGUCACCUGCUACUACCAGCCUGCUCCAUAUAUGACCGACCACAAUUUCAGCAACUACUACAUAGCCAAUGGGCAGUCUCCAAUUAUAUAUCACCCAUAUCCUCUUCAUAUACACAUGCAAACUGGACUGGUUUAACAUUGGGCAUGAUGUAUGCAUGGGCAGAAGACACUGGGCAGAAAUAUGACCUCCUGCAACCUAAAAUGGCCACUACAAAUAAAAUCCUCAUAAUGAGAGAAAGCCCUAGUACUUUGAAUUGAAUACACUGAAUAAAAACAUAUUUUGAGUAUGUUAAAAAAAUAGUUUUGACUGUAAAUCAGGGAGUGGCUGUGGUUUUUGCAAUCAUUGGGUUUAUAGUGAAAUUCAAUGGACACACAUCUGUUCCUAGAUUAAAAAUCAUACUUGUUGGCAUCAGUACAGUUAAAAAUUAGUGGAGCUAAAACUAAAUACAUAAAAACAUUAGACAUAAAGGAGAUAAAGCAAAGCCUCCAGAUACCAACAAUAAAUGUGUCUGAAACAUUGCAAGAUGGGUUAUAGAAAAGCAGGGCUUAGUGGGUGAGAAAGUCUUAAGGUUAAGAAUGAAUGCUAUUUACCUGGAGUGUUUCCUUCUGUUAUCAUUUAAAUGUAAUUUUUUAGCUUAAUUUGCUAAGUUGAUCAUAUUAAAACAUAAAAAAUGGAAUUAAGCUGCAUUAAAAUGGGAAUUUUGAAGCAGUCACACUGUUAGAUAUAGUUAUUUAGAUACAAUGGCAUUUUAAUUCUCAUUUCUUUUUUUUUUUCAAAGUUUAAAAUUCUCAAGACAAUUUAUGUAAGAAUCUCAAAUCCAUAUUCAAUUUUACAAUUUACAUGCAAAAAUGUGGGAUUUUGGAGUGUGGCUUUAACUGCAGAUCUUCCAAUUCAUCUGCAGAAAUUAUAAUCACUAUUAUUAUGUGUUAUAAAGGCUUUAUGAGGUCCGUAUUCAAUUUAUUCCUAUUGUAUGUUUUUAGAAACAAUGCUAAGUACUCUAUGACUCAUGGCUCAGUUCCACGCUGAUUUCAACCAGCUGCAUGAUUGAUUGCAGAUGUAAACCAGUGUGAAAUUUUGUGUGAAAGUUAAAUGUUUGUAUCUCUUCAGCCUUUUAUUGUCACUGGCUGUGUAGUGUCCAUUGGGUUGUAUGUCCAGAAUGUAAACUAUGUUUUUGGAUUGAUGUCAAAAUCUUUGUAGAGGACAGUGAAAUAUUGUCACAAAAUGUUACUGCCAGAUUUCAACAUAUGAAGACUUGAGUUGUACUGGAAUCUAAUGAUCUAGUGAUGAUGAGAGAGAAAUAUUUUACUGAUGCAUAUAUGUGUCUUAUGAGCAUCUGUGAUGCACAAAGUCAACUUUAUAGAAUGAAGCAUAAGCAGUUUGGGUUUUAAUAACCAUAUGAUGCAUAUUCAGCCUCAAAGAAAGCAACAGUUUCAAACAGCUGAAGGCAUGGGGGAACUCUGGGCUCCUAACAUGGAUGCAUGUGUGAAAAUAUCUACUUAUCAGGAAUUUUUUUUAUAUGUUAGUAACAAAAACACAUCUAUUUUUCCAAGAAAACAAAAAUAUAACAGCUUACAGAGUACAAAGAGUUUGUGCCUACUGCAUAAACACAUAAAUAUAAGUAACAGCUAAAUAUAUAGAUUAUAUGCAAAGUAUAAAUUGUUGGCAUAGAUUUUUAAAGGAUAAAGAAACUUAUGUCACUGUUCACAACUUGUAGGUUUCCCUAUUUUGUGAGGUCCUAGAUUUAAAUUUGUGAAGUAUUAUACCUUACUGUAUGUUGACUUGAAGUCCCUUUUGCUGUCUUGCCUUGAUGUUUUUGUCCACUUUCUAAAUAUGGCCUUAAUGCCAAAAUCUUUAGUAACACUGUGCUUAUAGAUAUAGGUUUAAAUGAAUUUUAACUGUCUACCCAAGCAAGACUUGUAAAGAUACCUAAAGAACAGUUUGUGACCAAAGAUGGGUUUUGUAGGAAAACUUAAGUGCCUAAAAGAAGGUCAUUUGUAUGUGACCUAAGAAAAAAGAAACAAAAACAAAAGAAAGACAGAAAAGGGACAGAACAAUGUAGAGAAAGGAAAAUGUAGAGAGAUGAGAGAAUGGUUCUCUUGGAUGCGCAUUAAGCUGCGUCUCUUCAUUAUUUCAGGUGUAUACUGUAUUUUCUCUUGCCCUUCGCUAGUGCUAAUUGUGUUGAUGUCAGUUCAGAAGUACUUUAUUAUAGUUGGUUAAUGUACCUUUAAUAAAUAUAUACAAUUCUAUCUGUAUGUCCUUUUCAGAUGCAUCUGUUAUUCUUCUAACUGUCCUGUAAUCACUAUAUUAGUGUGAGCC